AUGGUACAAAGGGUAUUUACUGCUUUUAGAUUUUAUGCAGUUGGAAGUUAUCAGUUAGGUAUUAGAUGCAAUGGAUAUAUUGGAGUUAGUCAAUCCUCUGUAAGUCGUUGUAUUCGAGAUGUAAACAUAGUACUCAAUGUGUUUAACAAAUGGGUUUAUUUUCCGAGGAAUUUAGAAGAGCUUACGACCAUACGUAAUGCAUUUUACACAGAAUAUGGAUUCCCAGGUGUUGUAGGAUGUAUAGACUGUACUCACGUGGCUACAUUUCCACCCUCAAAGAACAAUGAAAUGUAUCCAGAACAUGUAUAUGUAAAUCGAAAAAGAUACCAUUCCAUAAAUACACAGUUAAUUUGUGAUUCAAGAAUGAAAAUUUUAAAUGUUAAUGCUCGAUAUCCUGGAAGUUGUCAUGAUAGUUUUAUCUGGAAUCAUUGCAAUGUUUUGCCAGUUAUGCAAACUUUACAUGCACGAGGGCAUGAUAAUUUUUAUUUGAUAGGUGAUUCAGGUUACGCACUAAGACCAUGGCUUCUAACUCCACUGAAUGAUGUUCAACCGGCUACUCCAGAAAAACAUUAUAAUCAAUGUUUCAAAAGAACACGCUCAAUUAUUGAAAGAUGCAACGGAUUAUUAAAAAUGCGCUUUCGUUGCUUGUUGAAACACCGUGUACUUCAUUAUACUCCAAACGUGGCUUUUAAAAUUAUAAAUUCAUGUGUAGUUCUGCACAAUAUGUGUGUAGAAAAUAAUUUACCUCUUCUAGAUGAUGAUUAUGAUUUAUAUAUGGAUUUUGGUAUGUUGAAUGAGAGACCAAUGGAAGUUGAAGCUGCUGUAGGGCGUUUAAAUCCUGAUCUUACAAAAGCAAGAGUAAUGCAACGC